UAUUUCACGCUAUAUUCAAUGUAUUAAGUGCCGUAAUUAUUUGUGGAAUUUACUAGCAGUCAAAAUUGUCCAUUUUUGUUAGUGUACUGUACCAAAGACUAUAGAAUACCCUUCAAGGGACUUUGACUUUACGUUAUUCCAUACUUUUAUUUUGAAAUAACUUCCGCGUUGUGUGUAUCAGAGCCGGAUGUGGAUUCCGGUUUCGCAGUCUGAAGUAUGGCGGCGUCGGGAGAGGUGACGUUUUUCGUUGUAAACAACAUUCCCGCUGGGUUCCGGUCCGUAGAGCUGAGGAACUAUUUCAGUCAGUUUAUCGAGAGUAAAGGAUUCGCGUGUUUCCAUUACCGCCAUCGGCCGGAGCUUCGAGUGCAGGCCGCGGGGUUUACCGCGGUAAAUACCGGAGCCGGCGGUUCUGAGGGGAAAGCCGCGGGCUCGUGUUGUUGUGUGGUGUCGGUUCGCUCUCAGGAAUCAGACAGAUUCGUGAAGAUGUACUCGGAGAACCACUGGAUCGACUCUAAAGGAAACUGGUUGAGAAGAAAGUGUUUGAUCCGGAGAGUCAGAGUAUCGGAGCAGGCUGAGCAUAAUUCAUUCCCGUACAAGACGAAGGCCGAGAUGAGACGCCACAUCGCCCAAUCAGAGCAUUUCACGCUGUCGGACCUCAAGGGCCUGCCGGAGCUCAAUCCGCCCUCACUCAUGCCGGCAGGGAACGUCGGCACGCCAGUGAGUGUUUUCCUGGAGUUCAUCCAGUCCUGCCGUCUGCCGCCGCGGCUCAUCCGCAAACUGGGGCUCACGUUCCCUAAGACGGGCUCGAGUCGCCGCUACGGGAACGUGCCCUACCUGUAUUACAACACGGCCGUCAUGCGCCCCUCAGAGGACAGCGUCUUCACCGCCGGAGGAGUCGAGAUCUCGGGGCCCGGCCGCCUGGACACGCCCACAAACUCACAGACAGUAGAUAAGGACACGCCCACAAACUCACUGACAGAUAAGGACACGCCCACAAACUCACAGACAAUAGAUGAGGACACGCCCACAACUUCACAGAGAGUAGAUAAGGACACGCCCACAACUUCACAGAGAGUAGAUAAGGACACGCCCACAACUUCACAGAGAGUAGAUAAGGACACGCCCACAAACUCACAGAGAGUAGAUAAGGACACGCCCACAAACUCACAGAGAGUAGAUAAGGACACGCCCACAAACUCACAGACAGUACAAAAGGACACGCCCACAAACACUCAAACAGAUGAAGAGGACCCGCCCAGUUCUCCACCUGUCAAUCAAGAGUCACAGGAAACAGGAAGUAAUGAGGAGCUGUCCGGCCCUGAUGAUGACGAUGACCGCUGCGAGGAGUGGGAGCGUCACGAGGCCCUCCAUGAGGACGUCACCAGUCAGGAGCGCUCUAAAGAGAGGCUGUUCGAGGAGGAGAUCGAGCUCAAGUGGGAGAAGGGCGGAUCGGGCCUCGUCUUCUACACAGAUGCUCAGUUCUGGCAGGAGGAAGAAGGAGAUUUCGAUGAGCAAACUGCAGACGACUGGGACGUGGAUAUGAGCGUCUACUAUGACACAGACGGAGGCGAUAUGGACGCCAGGGAUUAUGUGAGCAUGCGCUCUGAGAGGAGGCUGCGGGACGGUCUGGAAGGUCUGCCGGGACGCCAGCAGAAAAUCGGCAGCUUUGAGCGCUUUACAAAGGGAGUGGGCCGGCGUGUGAUGGAGAAGCAGGGCUGGAGGGACGGAGAAGGGCUCGGGAACAGCCGGAGGGGAAUACCAGAGGCGCUGGAGAGCGAUGGCCAGCAUCCCAACUGUAAGAGAGGCUUCGGGUAUCAUGGAGAAAAACUCAGCUCAUACCUUCCACUUAAAAAACCCAGAAAAGACUUUCACAUCUCGACAGUUUAUGAUGAACCUAAAGACAUCGAUAAAGGCGAUGAAGUGCUGCGGCGUCAACCCGGCACCAGCAUGAAGUUCAGAAGCCGGCCUCCAAGGGGGCGGCGCGGAGCCAAACACAUGACCGCUGAUCACUAGUGAUGUUCACUAUUAAGAUUGUCUAUUUAUUAUGUCUGUCUGCUAAAAACAAUGACUGUUUUUACACAGAGCUGUACAUUAUUUUUCUGUAACUUUUGUAUUAAAGGUUUUCAAGAGAACAAAACACACUUUAUAUACAGCCCUAGUUUUCUUUAUAUUAUGUUUAUGUGCCAUUAUCAUUACAGUAGAAUGCAGUGUGUUACAUAAAUUAUA